AUGUGCAAGCACGAGAUGCACGCCUUUCUCCGGGCGCUGCCCAAAUGCGAACACCACAUCCAUCUCGAGGGAUGUCUCAGCCCGGCCAUCUUAUUCCAUCUCGCCAAGAAGAACAGUAUCGCGCUCCCAGAUCCCGCGCUACGACCGGAAUACACCUCAGUCAAAACGUUGGAGCAGCGAUACGAGAAAUUCGAGUCGCUGCAAGACUUCCUCGAUUGCCACUACCUCGCCAUGUCGGUUCUGAUGGAUGCUGCCGACUUUGAAAUGCUGGCCUGGACGUAUUAUGAAAAUGCGCACGCGGACGGAGUUCACCACGCCGAGGCAUUCUUUGACCCGCAAUCGCACACCACACGCGGGAUUCCGCUCGAGACGGUCGUGCAAGGCUACGAAGCCGCGGGACGAAGAGCAGAGGCGGAAUUCGGCAUGAGCACUUCCCUAAUCUUGUGCUUCCUCCGCCAUCUGCCAGUGGAAUCCGCAAACGAGACUCUACAAGCCGCCGCGAGUAGUGGAGUCUUCAGCAAGGAUUCAUCCGUCAUUGCCGUCGGUCUGGACUCAUCGGAGGUGCCAUUCCCGCCCCAUCUAUUUCAAGACCCGUACAAGCAAGCCAAGAACCUGGGAAUUCAUCGGACAGCCCACGCCGGAGAAGAAGGCGAUCCAAGCUACAUCCGUCAGGCGCUGGAUCUCCUCGACUGCGAACGAAUUGACCACGGUCUCCGCUUGGCCGAGGAUGCCGAUUUGAUGCGUGAAGUUGCUUCCAGGAAAAUCCUCCUCACCCUGUGUCCUCUGUCAAACGUCUACCUCCGAUGUGUGGACAAGAUUGCCGAUUUACCGAUCCGACGCUUCCUCGAUGCCGGCGUGCCCUUUUCGCUCAAUAGCGACGACCCUGUAUAUUUUGGUGGAUACAUCUUGAACAACUACUGCGCGGUGCAAGAAGCGUUCAAUCUGAGCGUCGAGGAAUGGCGUAGCAUAGCACGUGCAUCGAUUGAGGGAAGUUGGAUAUCUCAAAAGAGACGGAGCACACUCUUCCAACUGGUAGAUGAUUGCAUCGCGAAGCACACUUGA